AUGGCUCGAGCUCCUUUUCUGAGGGAUCGACCAAGAGGACUCGGGCUUUUGCAAUUACCUACAGGCAUGACCGACGAGCGCUCCGGCUUCUUCUUCCCCGGCCUAACCGUGGCCGGCGACAAGGCCGGCGAGAAGCCCCAAUCCGUCCCCGAUGUCCAUUUGCCCGGCCAGAAAAUGGACUUUACUGGACGCUCUGCCUUCAACCCAUUCUCGCACAUCGUUUCUGCCGUCUAUAAUGAAGAUCUCGUCGAUUCUUGGGGCACUGGGUUUGCUGUUAAUGCCGUCAACAAUCACAACCUCGGCGUACGCCGCAACUUUGACCAAUUUGCCGAUGCCCCGUUUUUCCGAAAUGAUGGCCAAUACCAGCCUUUCAUUUCUGCCGCCGCCGUCGGCGCUGAAUAUGACUACUCGAAGAUUCGCGAGGUUUCCGGCCACUUUGAUUUACCGAUCCCCGGCGUGAACGAGCUGUUCGACUUUGAUGGCAGGAUUAUGUUGAAGGGUGGUGGAAACGGAAUCCUAAACUCGGCCAUGGAAUUCCCGCUUACACUGUCCGACCCGAACGAACGCGCCCCCUACACCUUCAAAUACCUCAACUUCAUGGCCGAUCGUCACAUGCAGUACGGCCACGUCGUCCCCAACGUCAACCUUAUGGUCAUCCCGAAAGACAAGAUUAUGGAGCGUCUCCGUCAAAAUCGCCUCAACCCCACGAUGAUCGGA